AUGGAUAUCCGAGUCCUCCAACCCUCCGACCUGCCCCUCAUACAACACGCCAACCUUGAGAACCUCCCUGAGAACUACUUCCUCAAGUACUACCUCUACCAUGCCCUCUCCUGGCCCCAGCUAAGCUUCGUCGCCGUCGACGUCUCCCGCCCCAAGAAGUCCCCCUACGACUACCCCAAAAUCGUCGGCUACGUGCUCGCCAAGAUGGAGGAGGAACCCACCGACGGCGUCCAGCAUGGGCACAUUACCAGCUUGUCCGUCAUGCGCACGCAUAGGCGGUUGGGAAUCGCCGAGAAGCUGAUGCGUCAAAGCCAGCUCGCAAUGGUCGAAACCUUCGGCGCCCAAUACGUAUCCCUCCACGUCCGCGUCUCCAACAACGCCGCCAUCCGCCUCUACCGCGACACCCUCGGCUUCCAGACCGAAAAGACCGAGAGCAAGUACUACGCCGACGGCGAGGACGCCUUCUGCAUGAAGCGUGACUUCGCCGACAUCCGCGAGCUCCUCGAGGAGGCCCGCGAGCGCGAGGAAGGAACCGGCGAUGAAGAGGCGCAGGAUGAGGGCGAAGCCGUGGGUGAUGUCGGACGGGCGGCUGAUAAGAAGAGGAAGGUUAAGGUUGGGAGGGCGUUAGGGGUUGGGGAGUUGGUGGAGAGGGAUGAGACGCAUAAGAGCUAG